CCACAAACAACUCCCUCCACUACCAAGUUUAAUCCAAGAAAACCGAACCGACAAAACAAAAGCAGGGAAAGUUUCCUCCCCAUUUCAUACCAGAAAACAAAAGAAACAUGGCUGAGAAAACCAACCAAGCCUAUCCCUUGGCCACGGCAAAUGGUUACCAGAGAAGUGAUGCAGAGUCUUUGCAAUCAGCCGAUGAGCUCAAACGCAAGAAGAGAAUCAAGUUGGCCAUUUAUGUCGGUGUUUUCAUUGUGUUUCAGAUCAUUGUCAUAACUGUGAUCAGUCUCACUGUCAUGAAAGUUAAGACCCCUAAGGUCAGGCUAGGCAACAUUGACGUCCAAGAACUCAAUUCCGUCCCGGCAACACCUUCAUUCGACACAAAAUUCACAACCCAAAUCAAGGUGAAAAACACAAACUGGGGUCCUUACAAGUUUGAUGCAAGCACUGUCACGUUUUUGUACCAAGGCGCAGCUGUUGGGCAAGUAGUUAUUCCAAAGAGCAAGGCUGGAAUGCUUUCCACCAAAAAAAUGAAUGUUGAGGUGAGCUUGAGUUCGAGUGCAUUAAGCGGUUCCAAUCUUGGCAGUGAAUUGAGCAGCGGGGUGUUGACCCUCAACAGUGCGGCUAAGGUGACUGGAAAGGUUGAACUGAUGCUUAUAAUGAAGAAGAAGAAGUCUUCCACCAUGGACUGCACCAUUGCAUUUGAUCUGUCAGCCAAGAAGCUCAAAAGUUUGCAAUGCAAGUGAAAACAGAGUUGCUACUUGGCAUUAGAGUUAGUACUAGUACUCUACAUCUUUGCGAGUGAUCAAGUCUAGUUAUUGGAUUUUUUAAUUCGUUGAUCUUUAUAUUUCCUCUAUACGUAUAUUUAUUGUUCAUAAUGGUAUUUUGGUUUUCGAAUUACUAGAUGUUGUCAUUUGUUUUACAGUGCCUGAUUUUUAUUAGUGACGGAGACAGAAUUUUGCUUA